CCGAGAGUGGAUUUCGGGAUUUCCACGGGAUAAGCGCAGGCGGACGCGCGGUCGGGGGAAAAACGACUCGCAGCGGCAGCAACAAGUUGGCAAAUGUGUCCAUGCAAUAUAUAAAGCAAGCGGUGCGAUACGGAUCGACCGUAAAUGCUCUCGAACCACCGGCAGAAGCAUAGGGCUGCUCCCCGACGACGAAGAAGAUUACGACGAUCCCUUCCCUUGGUUUGCUCGAACGGACGGCCGCUAGGACGGAGACACCUAGCGAACGCGGUUAGGAUAAAUCAGGAUCAGCACCAGAGUGCUUAUUGAAAGGGUGCUUCCAGUCAAACGAAGAGUGCUUCACGGUGCGCGGUGGUUUGACCACACAGAAGAACACCAAUCGAGUGGGGUGUGAAUCCGGAGAAAAGAUUUCCGCCAUCGCCGCCGCCUGACGGCGUUGGGCAAACAUUGGAGCAGAGAAGAAAGGCGGUUUCUGUUUCUUAAUUUCGCGUGGGAAUGUCAAGUGCUGUGUGAUGUGAAGUGUAAUCGGCAUCGGAAUUCGAGUGGAAAACGUGCGCGUCUAGUUUCCAUUGAGGCCGUAAAGUGACUGCGGGACAAGUGAUAGUGGGAAAUUGUGAAAAACUGUGCCCGGAAAUUAAAGAAAUAUUUCUUCGAGCCCGGAGGUUUCAUUAUAUUGAAACAAGUGCGGAACAAAGUGGCAGCAUAGGCAGAAGAUUCAUCGAACCCCCGCCAGCAGUAGUCGUAGCAAAAGGUCCCACCUGUUUCAGUCCCCGAAAGCCAAACUUCUCCACCGUUGUAAAAAUGCGCCCAAGCACGUGUCCACUGGUCAUCCUGAGCUACAUCGCGUUCGUCCUCUGCCUGUCGUGCAUGGCAUAUGGAUCCUCCGCACUCGGGUCCGGCACGGGGACAUCGGAUCAAUCGUCGCUGUUCGGCAGUGGCAACGCGGGAGGUGGUGGUGGUGGUGGUGCCGGUAGUAGUGCAGAAUCAGACAUUGGGGACGACCGGGGUCAACGGGAAAUUUCGCAGGCCACAUUCCAGCACAUGUUGGCCGUACGUUCGCCCAAAUACAACUUCGGGCUCGGUAAGCGGAGGUACAUCAUCGAGGACGUCCCCGGAGCGAAACGGCUGCCGCACUACAACUUCGGGCUGGGCAAGCGAGCCAGAAACAAUCUGCUGGAAUACGAUGACGAUAGUGCGCCCAGUUGGAGCGAUGACUACCCUUCACUGAUCCCGAGAGACGGCCUGGACUAUGACGGCGACAAGGACAGAUCGGCUGAGAAGCGUGCGUCGGCCUACCGGUACCACUUCGGCCUGGGCAAGAGGCGAGUCUACGACUUCGGGCUUGGCAAGCGUGCCUACGAAGACAAACGGCUUCCCAACCGGUACAACUUUGGCCUCGGCAGACGUUAAUCCAACCGGCGCAGGAUGAUCAACCACCAUCAACCAGCAGCACCCUCUGCCGCGCAGUCGUACCGGAAUUCACUGGACCUGAUGAAUUUGGACCUUAGCCAGUUUUGAACGCUUCACAUUGGACCCCGGGUUAUGUCACAGCCGAACAAUGACUGCAUACAUACUGAAACACACAUCGACACAACCGAAGAAAUGGGUCAUCCCGUAGGAUGACAAGCCCCCCAAAACACGUAAAUCUAGCCCACCCAUCAAGUAUUGUUUCUCGUUUAAUUUGGGUUUUCACUUCGACGUCAUAUGUAAUUCGUACGAACAUGUGUGAACUAUACAACAAACACUAUUUUAAUCUAUCGUACCAUUUGCAACUAAUCAAUAACAAAUCUUAAAAUACCAUCUACCGAAAAGGAGACGUGUGCUAAUGUGCCAAAAUCAUGAAAUAAAUAUUUAAAACAAAAACUAAACUCAAUGUGUGUAAAAUAUUGUUAAGGGGAAAUACACAGAUCAUGAUUUACAAAUAUAAAUGCAGUGAAGAGAUUCGAUUGCCAACUUUACCGAUCCAUGAGGAGAGCGUAAACCAGCAGUGAGAGACGCAGCAAGCCAUUAUUCAUAUUGUACAUCAACGCCGCUUUGAUCUAAUUGUUAUAGUAGAGAGCCCUACUGUAAAUAAGAAAUCAUCGAAAAUGUCACCGAAACCUAAUCCAGAUUGCCGAAAUUGUUGAAAACUAUGACAGAAGUUCGAAACAUUGAGUAUCUAAGGGACGAUAGGUCUAAUGGGGAACGAUGAAAGGACAGAGGGUCGAAUCCACUGUUUUUAACAAAAGGAAGUCGUUUCCAGUUUCGACGUGUUGUCCUUAAGUCCUUUGGUUACUCGACCCAUCGCCCCUUUGUCGUUCUCCUUUGAAACCUUUUGCUUCCAAUCCGUGGUAACAGGUUACCCUCGAUAACUCAAAUCCCAGCCGCGUAACACAAAAUUUAUUCAACACUUUUAACAUUCCACUCAGCCACGCAAGGUGUGUGUAUAAACAAGGGAGGAAGAAGUUGUCAGAGGAAGAAAAACAAACCGCAAUCAAAGUAAUGUAUGGAAUCGAAUUAGACGUGAACAGCUGGGCAUUGAAAUGGUUAGUCUUCUAACUUCAUAUGUACCACGACUACUGUUCUUAUUAUAUAUUAACAUAAAAUCACAUGUUUUACAAAACCAUAUUUUAAAUAAACAAACACACAAUGUUAUAUGCCCAAGUGCAUAAAUCACACCAGAGAUUAUCAAACUUAAAAACAAAACAAAAAAGAAAAUCGCAUUUUGAAUAAAUGUAUACACAAGCAAAGCAAAACAAAACUAUGCAUCAAUUAUUGAGAGCUAAUCAAAGAGCAGAACUCAAUAUAUUGUAACAUAUUUGCAGCAAGCAACCGAAACCAUUGGAGGGAAUAAAUCUGAAAGCCGGAUGCCGGUCGUGGAAAGGCAGCUGAA